AUGGCGAAGGGUUUCUACAUCAGUAAAGUUGUUGGGAUAGUGUGUGUCGUGGUGGCCGUGGGUGCUGUGGCCACUAUCAUAGCUCUGUCUGUUGUUUACUCGCAGGAAAAGGCGAAAAAUAAUGACAACAACCUGCAAGCGACUACACCACCUUCAGUUACUAAACCGCCCAGCUCGACGACAGCCCCGUCCAAUCAGCCUUGGGACAAGUAUCGGCUUCGCACUAACCUGGUGCCAUGGCACUAUAACGUCACCCUGUGGCCACGACUGACUCCAGAUGCAACCGGAAAAUACAUCUUUACUGGUGAAUCCUCUGUGGAGUUUGCUGUUACUGAGAACAGCAACCUGAUUCUCCUCCACUCCCACAAGCUGAACUACGGCACCCUUGGCGAUGGCCACUCGGCGAGGCUCACCACAGUCAGAGCUGGCAACACAGCCCCCGGCAUUGUGACCAUGUGGCUGGAGCCUGAGACUCAGUACCUGGUCGCCCAGCUGGACGGCUACCUGCAGAGGUUUGAGUUCUACAUCUUCAGCAUCUCGUUUGAUGGGGAGUUGGCUGACGACCUGGGAGGCUUCUACAGGAGCGAGUACACUGAGAAUGGAGUAAAGAAGGUUAUUGCGACCACUCAGAUGCAGCCGACGCAUGCCAGGAAGGCUUUCCCCUGCUUCGAUGAGCCGAUACUGAAGGCUACUUUCGACAUCACUCUGAUCCACGACCUGGGGACUGUUGCCCUGUCCAACGGCAAGGAAAUAGAAACAACAAACGUCACCAUGGAUGGCGAAAAUGUGCUGAUGACAAAAUUUGAGAGAACUGAGGAAAUGUCCACCUACCUGCUGGCGUUUAUCGUCAGUGACUUUGGUUUCAUCCAAGACAACAGCAGUGAUGUUUUGGUCCGCAUCUUUGCCCGGAAGCCUGCUAUUACUACUGGCCAAGGAGACUACGCUCUCAACAAAACUGGACCCAUCCUGAAAUUCUUUGAGAGCUAUUACAAUUACAGCUACCUUCUGCCCAAAUCUGAUCAGAUAGCUCUACCGGACUUCAAUGCUGGCGCCAUGGAGAACUGGGGUCUGAUCACCUACAGGGAAACAGCGCUGCUGUACGAUGAGGAAUACUCAUCCAACUUCGACAAGGAGAGGACCGCCACAAUCAUCGCCCACGAGCUGGCUCACAUGUGGUUUGGUAAUCUUGCGACCAUGCGAUGGUGGAAUGACUUGUGGCUGAACGAAGGUUUUGCGUCCUACAUGCAGUACCUGGGAGCAGACCAAGCCGAGCCCACCUGGAACAUUAAAGACCUCAUCGUGCUCAAUGAUGUCCACCGAGUGUUCGCCGUUGACGCCUUGGCCUCAUCUCACCCUCUGUCCUAUAAAGAAGAAGACAUCCAGACACCAGCCCAGAUCAAUGAGCUGUUUGAUGCCAUCACAUACUGCAAGGGAGCUUCUGUCCUCAGGAUGUUGUCAGAUUUCCUGACCGAACACGUCUUUAUACGGGGGAUCCAGACCUACCUGAAGAUGUCUGAUUUUGCCACCGUCGACACGACAGACCUCUGGGGACAUCUGCAGAUGGCCGUAAACGCCACCGGUACUGCCCUACCUCAGUCGGUCAGUAACAUCAUGAACACCUGGGUGCUGCAGAUGGGCUUCCCUGUGGUCACCAUCAACACCGCUACUGGAAACGUUUCCCAGAAGCACUUCCUGCUGGAUCCAGAAUCUGUAGUCACCACUCCUUCCCCCUACAACUAUGAGUGGAUCGUUCCAAUGCGGUGGAUGAAGACCGGAGCUGUGCAGAAUCUGACGUGGCUGGAGACGAAAUCAGCUUCAAUCCCGGCGAUGAAGGUAACGGGGAAUGAGUGGGUGCUGGCCAACAUCGACGUGGUGGGAUACUACAGGGUCAACUACGACCAGGCCAACUGGGACAAACUCCUCAAUGUUCUGAACACCAGCCAUGAGCUCAUUCCAGUGAUCAACAGAGCCCAGCUGGUGGACGACGCCUUCAACCUGGCCAGAGCGGAGAUCAUCCAGACGGUGCAGGCCCUAAAAACCACCACGUACCUGAGCAAAGAGAGAGCCUACAUGCCGUGGGCAUCGGCCAUCAACAACCUGGACUACUUCUACCUGAUGUUUGACCGCAGUGAGGUCUAUGGGCCCAUGCAGGAUUAUCUGAGGAAACAGGUGACCCCUCUCUUCAACUACUACGAAAACCUGACAGGGAACUGGUCUGAUGUUCCUACAGGACACAUGGACCAGUAUAACCAGGUGAACGCCAUCAGCCUGGCCUGCAGGACCAACCUGAAGGAAUGCCAGGAGCUGACCAUGACUUGGUUCAGAGACUGGAUGAACACUGGUGUCAACAAGAUCCACCCCAACCUCCGCUUCACAGUGUACUGUAACGCCAUCGCAGCAGGGGGUGCUGAUGAAUGGGAGUUUGCCUGGGAUCAAUUUCAAAACGCCAGCAUUGCUACUGAAGCUGAAAAAUUACGCAUUGCAUUGUCCUGCACCAAACAAGCCUGGCUGCUGAACAGGUAUCUGGAAUACACCCUGAACCCAGACAUGAUCCGGAAGCAGGAUGCCACCUCCACCAUCGUCUACAUCGCCAACAAUGUGGUUGGUCAGUCUCUGGCGUGGGACUUUGUCAGGGCUCGAUGGGAAUACAUCUUCAACCAGUACGGUGGUGGAUCAUUCUCCUUCUCCAACCUCAUCAGUGGAGUCACUGAACGCUUUUCCACCGAAUUUGAGCUUCAAGAGCUGAAGCAGUUCAAAGCCGAUAACGCUGAAGUCGGUUUUGGCUCUGGGACUCUGGCACUGGAUCAGUCCAUCGACAGAACCACGGGCAACAUAAAAUGGGUCACAGAGAACAAGAACAAUGUUCUGAACUGGUUCAUAGCUGAAUCUAUGCCCUAA